UUUUUCUUGGUAGCAAGCUGUAGAUUUUGUUUCAAAGAAAGCAUCUUCAUCUCUAGUUUUAUCAUGUAUAGAUGGAAAUUCUGAUGCAGAAAGGACUUACACCAGCAGUCCCAGUUCAUACCAAUAAAGAAGAUCCAGUUACCCAAACUAACUUGGGAUUCAUCCAUGCAUUUGUGGCUGCCAUAUCGGUCAUCAUUGUGUCUGAACUGGGUGAUAAGACGUUUUUCAUAGCAGCCAUCAUGGCCAUGCGUUACAACCGCUUGACUGUACUGGCGGGCGCCAUGCUUGCCUUGGGCCUGAUGACUUGCUUAUCAGUUCUGUUUGGCUAUGCCACCACAGUCAUCCCCAGGGUAUAUACAUACUAUGUGUCAACGGCACUGUUUGCCAUUUUUGGCAUUAGAAUGCUUCGAGAAGGCUUAAAGAUGAGCCCUGAUGAGGGCCAAGAGGAGCUAGAAGAAGUCCAAGCAGAAUUGAAGAAGAAAGAUGAAGAGUUUCAGCGAACCAAACUCUUAAACGGGCCAGGAGAUGUUGAAACUGGUACAAGCACAGCCAUACCUCAGAAGAAGUGGUUGCAUUUUAUUUCACCCAUUUUUGUUCAAGCUCUUACAUUAACAUUCUUAGCAGAAUGGGGUGAUCGCUCUCAACUAACCACGAUUGUUUUGGCAGCUAGAGAGGAUCCCUAUGGAGUCGCAGUGGGUGGGACCGUGGGACACUGCCUGUGCACAGGCCUGGCAGUAAUUGGAGGACGAAUGAUCGCCCAGAAGAUCUCUGUCAGAACUGUGACCAUCAUAGGAGGCAUCGUUUUUUUGGCGUUUGCAUUUUCUGCACUAUUUAUAAGUCCCGAUUCUGGUUUUUAACAGUUUAUUCAUCUGUAUUUAAGAUAGGUAACUCAUCUUUCUGUAUAUAGUGUACAUUACAACUAGAAGUGAUGGAAAAUACUGUAUUUUGUAGCAUUGAUUUGUGAGUUUGACCCAUUUGAUGAAAGUAUUAGAUCCAAAGGGAUAACAUUGAUUCUGUUUGUGAUGUGGAUUUUUAAAAGAACUCUGACUUCCAGGUGUGGGCUUUUCUUCAGCUUAAUUAUGUUAACACUGGACCCAUGUCUAGGACUGUGUGGUGGGCCCACCACUCAAUCGUCCUUCAGCAGUCACCCUUCAUAAGGAAUACACCCUUUCUCCUCAGGCGCUUAAAAAUUUCCCUUGGGAAAAGAAUGAAUUCUACUUUUAAGACAUUUCCCUGAGCCAGUGGGCCGUAGUUUAAGCAUCCUCAGUCUUUCCAAAAUUAGGUUGUUUGUUUAAAACAAGAGACAAAUAUGCAAAUAUGGUAUUACUCUUAUUUAUAUCAGUAAUAUGACACAAAAACUGUCUGCCAGGCCCAUCCUUUCUCUUUUUUUUAAUUGGGUAGGACACCCAAUAUAAAAACAGUCAAUAUUUGACAAUGUGGAAUUACCAAAUUAAAAGAGAAUACUAUGAAUGUAUUCAUAUUUUUUCUAAAAAAAAAAAAAAAAAUGUAACAUAGAGACAAUGUAAAUAAAAGUGGUAUGACAAGUA